AUGCUUCUGCCUGCUGAGAAAUGCUGUUCGCUGUUGUUCCAGUGGUUGCUGGGAAGUGGGCUCCGACUUGUGCGCUGCCAGCCCAGGAGGUUCUCGGGCUGCCUGUUGAUUCCACUAAGGCGAAGCCCUAGCUGUCUUUUAGGAGGGACUGGGUCGCGGUCCUGUGCCUCCUUUCCCAGAGCUCCUGGGGAUUUGGGUGAAUGGAGCGAGACUUGGGGGAAAGAUGGGAACCUUACGGAGGAGCCCUCUGAUACUUCUGUUCCGCAGCCCGGGGAUGUAUCCUGGUCUCAGCCUUCCGGAGUCCAGGCUACCCAAUCUUUUUGUUUGGAGAAGCUUACGAGAUUGUUACCAGAGGAGAGGCUGCCUCCAGAAGUCAAGUAUGUGACCACUGGCCAAGAGGAGUACAGCGACGAAAGAGAGGCGACCUUCCUGCUUCCACUACGAACUCCGGGAGAUUGCUGUAAAGCCCAGCAAUCUCAGUCUAAAGAGCUUCCUGCACGCUCUAUCAAGUCAAGUCCCAAGGAAUUCCCCUUUCAACCUGGGGACCUUCUUUACGCAGAAUUCCAAAAAGGCGAAAAUACAUUUAAAAGAUUGUUUAAGUUGGAGGCUACAGGACAAUUAAGCAGUAACUGGGGAGUAAUUCCAUACGAAGAAAUGAUUGGGAAGUUACCUGGCCAAUUAUUUAGAAGUUCCCGUGGUCACCACGUUAUGCUGAGAAGACCAGCAUUGGAGGAGUUUGUUUUAUUGAUGAAAAGAGGGCCUACUAUAUCGUAUCCAAAGGAUAUGAAUAUGAUGUUGAUGAUGAUGAAUAUUAAACAAGGUGAUAUCAUUUUGGACGUUGGCUCUGGUUCUGGUGGAAUGAGUUUGUUUUUAUCACAAGCAGUUGGAGUACAGGGACAAGUUAAAAGUUUUGAAAUUAGAAAAGACCACCACAACCAGGCUAAGAAGAACUACAAGUGCUGGCGUGAUGCAUGGAAGAUUAGUCAUAUAGAAGAAUGGCCAAAUAAUGUGGAUUUCAUUCAUAAGGAUAUUUUGGAAGCUGCUGAGGACAUAGAAUCCAUAAUAUUUGAUGGGGUGGCUUUGGACAUGCUAAAUCCUCAAAUCGCCUUGCCUAUUGUAUAUCCAAAUCUUAAGCAAGGUGGCAUAUGUGCAGUAUAUCUAGCAAAUAUCACACAGGUAAUUGAACUUUUAGAAGGAAUUCGUAUCUGCAAACUUUCACUCUCAUGUGAACAGAUAACAGAAGUUCUUCUUAGAGACUGGUUAGUAUGCCCAGCAAAAAGGAAAGAUGGCACUUUAGCCCAAAGAGUACAGCCUAAAGUCAGUGUGGAUUUAAAGUUACAUUCCAAAAGGGAAAUUGAAACAGAAGAAAGUGAGAAUAUACAAGAGAAUGAUUGUGGUGAAUCACUUCCUGGUUUUCCAUAUAGCUCAAUUCCCUACAUUGCCAGACCCUUUCAUUGUCAAGCUAAUUAUAAUCACACAGCUUUUCUUGUCAAAUUGAGGAAGUUCAACCCAGAACAUUAACCAAGUACUCCAGAUGGCUGACUACAACUAAUUUCAAGAUUGCAA